AUGGUCCCGGCGAUUGGCCGCAACGUCAUCGUGGCGUCCAAGAACCCCCUCAAGCUGCAGGCCACCCGUGACGGCUUCGCGCGCAUCUUCCCCGACAACAGCUUCGCCUUCCAAGGCCGCAGCGUCGCCUCCAACGUCGCCGACCAGCCUCUAUCCGACGAUGAGACGCUGCGCGGCGCGCUCAACCGAGCCCGCAACGCGCGCACCCUCGAGCCCGCCGCCGCCUACUGGGUCGGGCUCGAAGGCGGCGUCCACCCCGAGGGCGGCGACGGCGACGAGGUGCAGUCGUUUGCGUGGAUCGUGGUCCUUGGUCGGGACGGCGAGAUCGGGCGGGCGCGCACGGCGACCUUCUUCCUGCCGCGGGAGACGGUGCGGUUGAUGCGCGAGGAAGGGCUGGAGCUCGGGGAGGCGGACAACAGGCUGCACGGGAGGACGGACUCGAAGCACGAGACGGGCACGGUGGGCAUCCUGACGGGGGACGUGGUGACGAGGCGCAGCUACUACGCGGAGGCGGUGGUGCUGGCGCUGAUUCCGUUCCGGAACGCGCAGCUGACCUUUGGAAAGGAGCGGGAUGAUGAAGGGGAGUUGGAGCUCGCGGCCCUGGAUGGAAAGGAGUAG